ACACCUGCGCCGGGCCUUUGACGGCGUCCGGGCGUGCACGGCGCGGGCCAUCGCCUUCGCGUUCACCAUGCCGGGCAUGGUGCUGUUCGGCCGGCGCUGGGCUAUCGCCAGCGAUGAUCUGGUCUUCCCGGGCUUCUUUGAGUUGUUCCUGCGGGUGCUGUGGUGGCUUGGCAUCCUCACACUGUACGCCGUGCACAGAGACAAGCUCGACUGCGCCGGGGGCCGGCUGGGCAGCUACCUCAUCGUCCUCCUGCUCCUCCUGGCCGUCGUCAUCUGCACCGUGUCGGCCAUCGUGUGUGUCAGCAUGAGAGGAACCAUCUGCAACCCAGGGCCGCGGAAGGCCAUGCCCAAGCUGCUGUACGUGCGCCUGGCACUCUUCCUGCCCGAAACGGUCUGGGCCUCCGUGGGAGCCGUCUGGGUGGCCAAUGACAUGCAGUGUGACAGGACUGUCAUGAACGGCAUCCUCGCCACCGUCGUUGUCAGUUGGAUCAUCAUCGUCUCCGCCGCGGUCACCAUCCUGGUGGUCUUUGACCCCCUGGGGGGGAAGGCUCCCCACCCCUCGGCCGGGCCCAGCCACCUGGACGCCCAGGACCGGGGCCAGCUGCUCAGCGGGUUACAGACGGCGGCCACAAGCGUGUGGGAGACACGAGUGAAGCUGCUGUGCUGCUGCGUGGGCAGCGAUGUCCAUGCCCGAGCGGCUUUCUCCAGCUCGGCCGAGUUGUUCUCCACGUACUUCUCAGACACGGACCUGGUGCCCAGCGACAUCGCAGCCGGCCUUGCCCUCCUCCACCAGCAGCAGGACGUCGGUGCCACCCAGGAGCCAGAUGAGGUGGCCAGCCACUGUCCCGGACCCUCCCAGGAGGCCGACCUGGAUGCGGAGCUGGAGAACUGCCAGCACUUCAUGCAGUUUGCGGCGGCCGCCUACGGGUGGCCCCUGUUCGUCUACCGGAAUCCCUUCACGGGGCUCUGCAGGGUCGGCGGGGACUGUUGCAGGAGCCAGGCGCCGGAGUACGACCUGGUGGGAGGUGACCAGCUGCACUGCCACUUGGGCUCCAUCCUGCACACAACGGGCCUGCAGUACAGAGACUUCAUCCACGUCAGCUUCCACGACAAGGUGUAUGAGCUACCCUUCCUGGUGGCGCUGGACCACAGAAAGGAGGCGGUGGUGGUGGCUGUGCGAGGAACCAUGUCCCUCCAGGACAUCUUGACGGACCUGUCAGCGGAGAGCGAGCCCCUGGAUCUGGCGUGUGAGGUGCAGGACUGCUCAGCCCACAAGGGCAUCGCUCAGGCCGCCAGAUACAUCCACCGGCGACUGAUCAGCGAUGGGAUCCUGAGCCAGGCGUUCAGCGUUGCUCCUGAGUACCGGCUGGUGCUGGUGGGACAUAGCCUGGGGGCGGGCGCCGCGGCCCUGCUGGCCCUCAUGCUCAGGGAUACCCACCCCGAGCUGCGGUGCUAUGCCUUCUCCCCGCCCCGGGGGCUGCUCAGCAAGUCCCUUCACGAGUACUCCAAGAGCUUCGUUGUGUCCCUCGUGCUCGGCAAGGACGUCAUCCCCAGGCUGAGCAUGCCCAACCUGGAGGACCUCAAGAGGAGGAUUCUGCGCGUGAUCGCCCACUGCAACAAGCCCAAGUACCAGAUCCUGCUGCAUGGCUGCUGGUACGAGCUGUUUGGAGGGAGCCCUGACAACUUCCCGACAGAACUGGAUGGCGGUGAGCAGGAAGGCCUGACACAGCCGCUUCUCGGGGAGCAGAGCCUGCUGACGCACUGGUCCCCCACCUACAACUGUGGCGACUCCCCCCUGGAGUCCCCCAAGUACCCGCCCCUCUACCCUCCUGGCCGCAUCAUCCACCUGGAGGAGGACGGUGCCCCUGGGAGGUUGUGCGACUGCUCUGCGGCUCGGUACCGGGCGACCUGGUCCCACGAGGCUCGCUUCAGCAAGAUCCUCAUCAGCCCCAAGAUGCUGACGGACCACAUGCCAGACGUGCUGCUGAGGGCGCUGGACAGUGUGGUGGCUGCCCGAGUCCCUGCUCAGGGAGGCCCCGGCCUGGCCUCGGUCUGACCAGGCUCCUGGAGCCCCUUAAACUGACCGAAGCCCUAGAGACACCGUGGUGGCCGCCAGCUGGGAAGUGACACCCCUCGGUUAGUGCAGCCAGAAGGCGGAAGUGCUCUGGGGAACAGAGAGCCUUUUCCCACGGGUCCGGUCCCAGAAGAGUGGGGCGUGGCGCGGGCUGGCCGGAGAGGAGGCAGCCGCCAUGCGGUCGGACGGUGACUGUUGAACCCCAGCGAGGUUCUGGCUCAGGGCGGAGAAUAAACUUGAGUGUCUUCCCCUGGAA